ACUGAUGGAGAUCAGCAUGUAAAUACAUCAGACAUAAUUACACGGAUGCAUGAUGGGAAAUAAUGUUAUCCCGAGGUUAUUUCCCACGGUCUUGAUAAGACCGAAACUCAACUUUUAAGCUGGAAAACAUCCAUACAUUAUAGUGUUUGGGUAAAUAUUUUAUGCACGAGGAAAUAUCCGCAGUGUGUACUUUGCACUUUCAUAAUAAGCACGCGGAGUGUUUAUGACCCAGGUGAGGCGGCACCAUACAAGUUUGCUCGGUUCGCUAUUUACACUACACGCCAUUGCACUGUACAUUUGUCACCAUGAGUGGGUACCCUGCCAUAUGAAUAGUGUUGUCAGGCUUCUAAUGCAUAGAGUCAUUAUAAACAGAGAAAUUAACACACUUUAGAGUUGGUUAUCAAGGUGACGUGUUUAUAUACGGGGCAAUAAGUGGUACAACUCGCCUGUAAUGUCCUUUGACCCAAUUGGCCAAGGUCUGUACUAACAUCCGCAUUGCUCCCGGGCAUGUGAUGGACCGAAUUCCCGAGCGCUGAGUGCUAGCUUGGAUUACCGCACGGACCAUUUACUGCCAGCGGUAGGUACCUUAAGUUGUGUCCCGCCUGCCAGAUUUUCCCGCCACGCAUUCCUUCCACACGCUCUGUGGAGCUCGGAGACGAGUCUAGGCCUACUGCUUUCCUGAUGAUGCGCGAAACAUGCAGAUGCCUAAACGUAGUUGAUAGCGACGCGAUCAUAGCCACUGUUUCAUCUUUUAGCAGCAAGCUUGCGGCGUGGCUUGAUACGCGGUUUUCGGCGUACGGACCUUUGAGAAGUUGAGGUGAAAGUAUCAUUUCAUGGGUUUGUCCAUGAAGGUACCUCCAUGCUUUAUCUGCUCCUUCCGGCUGCAAGCUGCAAUCUGUUUUUGCUUUAAACUCCAGUUCCUGAGCUACCUCUUGAACUCUGGGUUUCGUUGUCCGCUGCGCUCCCGGUCACGAAUGUGGAGCUCGGCGGCGCGGCCAACGAACCCAGAGUUCUAGUGGUACUUCCCGGGCGUGCUCUUAUUGUCUUAACCUAUGACAUAACCGAUAACAAGGACGAUUGACCCUCUUGAGUCUAGAAACGUGUACUUGGUUCGACAUCUCUGAGACAACACGCACACUGUAGGCCCACGAGCUACACUGCCCUGUGAGUGCUGGUGGUUUCUCCUGUUGUAAAGUUGCUACACAUUUUCCUUGGUUCACGCAACAACAUGGCUGAGGAGUUCGUCAACCGCAUGGAGCCGGCCGAUUACGCCAUCAUCAGCGUGUACUUCUUGUUUGUAGUGGCCGUCGGUUUGUGGUCAAUGUACAGAUCGAACCGAACCAACGCACAAGGGUACUUUCUUGCCGGGAAAACAAUGUCGUGGUGGCCGGUCGGUGCGUCCCUGUUUGCUAGUAACAUCGGCACGGGACAUUUCAUUGGUUUAGCCGGCACGGGUGCUGCCUCGGGACUUGCUGUCGGCCUGUAUGAAACCAUGGCUGUCUGGUGUCUCAUCCUUCUUGGCUGGGUGUUUGUGCCCGUCUACUUAUCGUCUGGGGUGUACACAAUGCCGGAGUAUCUUCGUAAGCGAUACGGGGGACAGCGCCUGCGCAUUCUCAUGGCGGUGUUCUCUCUGUUUCUCUACAUCUUCACCAAAAUAUCGGUCGACAUCUUUGCCGGUGCGAUCUUCAUACAACUAGCCUUCAACUGGAAUCUCUACACCGCGAUAAUCGUGCUGCUGGUCGUGACUGCGAUUUAUACCAUUACGGGUGGACUCGCUGCCGUCAUCUACACCGAUGCCCUGCAGUCUUUCAUCAUGGUCGCCGGUGGCAUCGUUCUCAUGGUCAUCAGCUAUAUCAGGGUUGGGGGUAUGGACAGACUGAUGAUCAAGUAUUCCCAGGCCAUUCCCUCCGCGACGCUAGAGGGCCCCAUCAACGCCACGUGCGGCUACCCGCGCAGCGAUGCCUUCAACAUGAUGCGGCACCCGUUGGCUUCGGAUCAACCGUGGCCGGGUGCCCUCAUCGGCAUAACUUUCAUCGGCGUGUGGUACUGGUGCUCCGACCAGGUGAUAGUACAGCGGGCUCUGGCAGCAAGAAACAUGACCCACGUUAAAGGGGCGUCCAUCCUGGCUGGCUAUCUGAAGCUUUUGCCACUGUUCAUGAUUGUUAUUCCCGGCAUGAUUGCUCGGGUGCUGUUUACAGACGAUGUAGCCUGUGCAAGUGCCGAGAGCUGCAAGGCUGCGUGCGGUUCUGAGGUCGGGUGUUCCAACAUAGCCUAUCCCAGGCUAGUUCUUGAACUCUUGCCAACAGGCCUCCGCGGUUUGAUGGUAGCAGUUAUGAUGGCGGCCCUCAUGAGUUCGCUCACGUCCAUCUUCAACAGCGGUAGCACUGUCUUCACGAUGGAUAUCUGGCGCCGCAUACGACCAAGGGCAAACAACGCAGAGCUUAUGAUCGUUGGAAGGCUGUUCAUCGUUGUGUUACUGGGCGUGAGCAUCGUCUGGAUCCCCGUCGUACAAGCCGCGCAGGGCGGCCAGCUCUUCAUCUACAUCCAGUCGCUGCAGUCCUACUUUGCCCCGCCCGUCUUCACCUGCUUCGUCAUGGGCGUGGCGUGGGGCCGCAUCAACGAAAAGGGUGCUUUCUGGGGACUACUUUGCGGAAUUGUCUUAGGCGUCGUGCGGAUGGUUCUUGACAUCGUCUACCCGGCUCCGGCGUGUGGAGACGUCGACACGCGGCCGUCCUUCGUCGCUGAGAUACACUUUCUGUACUACAACUGCAUCGUGGGCGCUGUGUCCAUCUCGGUCACUGUUGGCGUCAGCCUUCUCACCAAGAAGUUGCCGGAUGAAUAUGUAUUGGGGAUGACCUUUCUCACCCGGGGGUUGAGGAGGUCAAAUGACACUGGUGCACGAGUGGACCAAGAAAAGGACAUCGCCGAAGACGAAUGUAAACAAGAACCCAUGAACUUGGAGGAGAGCAUGAAAGUCAAGUCUGUGCCCUUGUGGCGCAAGGGAAUCUACUGGUUCUGCGGCUACGCGCCGGAGGCCAGGGACGCCAAGGUGCCAGAGCUGAUUGCGUCACUGGAUGAAAAGAGAAAAUGGCGGAUCGUCUUGCUGAUAAAUGCAUUAGUCCUUUUCGGUGCCAGCAUCGUCGUCAAUGUCAUCUUUUGGUAGCCGUUUCAAUGGGUUUGGACGCCCACACCAAUACUCCCUACCUCACUUCAGACAUGCUUUUUUGCUUUACGUAUUAUCAAAUAUAGUCAGACUUGUGCUUUUUACUAGUAGGUUAAUGUCUUGUGUUUAAUUUGCCCAUUAUACUUUCACACCUGUUUACUCUAUCACAAAGUAUCUCACACCUGUAUCGUCACCAUCACCAAUCCCCUUUUGCCUCAUUCACCGCUGACAACAUUUUCACCUCCGCAUUCACCACUUUCACCUCUAUCACCACCAGCAUCACACACCUGUUAUGUAUGGCCCAGAGCAGUGUUCUAUUUAAUCCUCUAUAAUAUUCACCUUUCAUAAUUUUGUUUUAAUAAAGAGCUAUACCGAAUUUUUAAUGUAUCGAGUUUUAUUUAUCUUAGAAUUUCUGGUGUAGGUAGUUCGUAUGUUUUGUUCAUUCACAACAGUGCUCAGUCUUCCACUUUUAUGUAGAUCUCUUACAUAACUCGGGAGCUAAGGGUUCAUGAUUCGAUGCAAGUUCAGAAUCUUUUCCAAUUACUUCAACACUAUUUUAAUCAAUUUUCUUUUGCUGAAAGUGCCCUUGCCUGGAAAGCAGGUUUUUUUCAUGUAGAAACCCUGUUAUUUAACUGUUGAAACAAUGUCGUUGAUGUUGAAGUCUGUCAGUAAUUGCAUAUGUAUAUUUUUAUUCUAUACCGUAGGUAGACUCAGACUUGUGUCUUUUUUUGCAUGCGGUAUUAACCUCUACUAAACACCUUAAAAGUAAUUGAUUUUAGUUUUACAAAAACACGCAAGGAGAUCGACAUUUUAGGAACGCAUGUGGAGAAAUCAAAAUAGCGGGGACUUAGUUGAAAAUACGAGUUGAGCACUGUCGUUGAUUUUGUCUGGGGCACCGUAAAAUGCAUACAAAUGGGGUUCCAAAAUGUCACAGCGACAGUGGACAUUUCCAAGGUUAUGCUCUGACGAUAUUUCUGUGCAGGCAGUACAGUUCUGAAGCAGCGAUAGUCAAAUGCCCAUUGCUCAGAUCAAAACUUGCACUGUGUUUUUUUAUGUUUUAUGUUUUUGUUUUUUAAUUUGUUUUUGUUUUGACUUCAGUUUAAUACCUUCUGCUGAAUGUGAAUUUGUACACGUUAACACAUUAAAUUCUUACCACGGAUUCCAAUAACACAGUCCAUAAUUUGGGUUCUUUUCCUCGA